CACAAAGGCCCAGGACACGGCCCCAUCUGUUUAUUCACUCGAGCAGACAGGAGAACAGUCAUGGCAGCCAUGGCAAACACGCAGGAUGCGGUCAAGCGAGCACCAGCGUUCAAGAUGAUCAAGGACGACCCCUACCUCGAGCCCUUCGAGGCCGGUAUCCAAGCACGCUUUGACCUUGCCCAGAAGUGGAUUGGAAGCAUUGAAAAGAAUGAAGAAAGCUUGGAUAAGUUCUCGCAGUCAUACAAGGACCGAGGAUUUCAUGUCUUGUCGAACGGCGACAUCUCGUAUAAAGAAUGGGCCCCGAAUGCAGUGACAGCUCAUCUCAUCGGUGACUUUAACAACUGGAACCGCGAGUCACAUCCCAUGACCAGAGACCCUUUUGGUGUUUGGAGCAUCACAGUCCCCGCCAAGAAUGGUCAGCCAGCCAUACCGCACAUGUCCAAGGUCAAAAUCUCCAUGAUUGCCGAUGGAGUAGGCCGCAUUGAUCGUCUGCCAGCCUGGAUUACCUAUGUGACACAAGACUUGAGUCAGUCGCCAGCCUAUGAUGCAGUCUUCUGGAACCCACCUGCAAACGAAAGAUACACGGCCAAGCACAAGAAGCCUGUCAAGCCUAGAUCAGCUCGUAUCUACGAAGCACAUGUGGGUAUUUCAACUCCAGAGCAACGGGUCGGCACCUACAAGGAAUUUACUAGGGACAUGCUGCCGCGCAUCAAGAAGCUUGGUUACAAUGUCAUUCAACUCAUGGCCGUCAUGGAACAUGCGUACUACGCAUCAUUCGGUUACCAGAUCAAUUCCUUCUUUGCAGCCAGCUCGCGUUAUGGAACCCCUGAAGAAUUGAAAGAACUCAUCGAUACUGCUCAUGGCCUUGGUAUCACGGUCUUGCUCGAUGUGGUUCAUUCGCACGCAAGUAAGAAUGUGUUGGACGGUCUCAAUGAGUUUGACGGAAGUGAUCACUGCUAUUUCCACGCGGGCCCCCGCGGCAAGCAUGAGCUUUGGGAUUCUCGUCUAUUCAAUUAUGGCAGCUAUGAAGUACAACGCUUCUUGCUCUCCAAUUUGAGAUUUUGGAUUGACGAGUAUGGCUUUGAUGGCUUCCGAUUUGAUGGCGUCACAUCCAUGAUGUACCUGCACCAUGGUAUUGGUACUGGUUUCUCUGGUGGUUACCAUGAGUACUUUGGACCAGGCGUUGAUCUUGACGGUGUGGCCUACCUGAUGAUGGCGAAUGUUAUGCUCCACAAACUCUAUCCAAACAUGAUCACCAUUGCGGAAGAUGUUUCUGGUAUGCCUGGUACCUGCAUCACCGUCCCAGACGGUGGCCUUGGCUUCGAUUAUCGCCUGGCAAUGGCCAUCCCGGACUUGUACAUCAAACUUCUCAAGGAGAAGCGUGAUGAAGAUUGGGACUUGGGAAAUAUAUGCUUUACACUGACGAAUCGCCGACAUGGUGAACCGACAGUCGCUUAUGCAGAGUCACAUGAUCAAUGUCUCGUUGGUGACAAGACGCUUGCAUUCUGGCUGAUGGAUGCAGAGAUGUACACGCACAUGUCAAAAUUAUCUCCCAUGACGCCUGUCAUUGAGCGCGGUCUGGCUAUGCACAAGAUGAUUCGCCUGUUGACCUGUGCACUCGGUGGCGAGGCUUACCUCAAUUUUGAAGGAAACGAAUUUGGACAUCCCGAAUGGCUUGAUUUCCCGAGAGAGGGCAAUAACAAUUCGUUCAUGCAUGCUCGUCGACAAUUUAACCUUGCAAACGAUCCUUUGUUGCGAUACAGUUGUCUCAACGCCUUUGACGAAGCUAUGAACCACCUCGAGGAAAAGUAUGGGUGGUUGGCAAGCGGCCAAGCAUACAUUUCACUCAAGCACGAAGGAGAUCGUGUCAUUGCCUUUGAGCGAGCAGGACUCUUAUUCAUCUUCAACUUGCACGGCAGCAACUCUUACACCGAUUAUCGCAUCGGUGUCGAGCAGCCGGGCAAGUAUAAGGUUGUCUUGUGUUCAGAUGAUGAGACUUAUGGCGGCCAUGAUCGUGUUGCACCUGGCAACGAGCACUUUACAGAACCUAUGGGCUGGAAUGGGAGAUCCAACUUCCUGCAGGUGUACCUACCAACUAGGACUGUGCUCGUCCUUGCUCUGGCAGACUGAUGAAGAUAUCUUUUAUGCUAUCAACGUAUCUCCUUUAUUUAUAUUAUGAUGCCGCUUCUG